AUGGGUAUUCCUUUGUGGCGUCCGCCCUCUCCUCCCGAACCCAAGAGUUCCGUCAAAAGCGACCCUUGCGCCCACUCACGCUCAUCUAUUCGUCGCAGAGGAGCCGUGCGACAUGUUGUGUCGCAGACAAGUUCUAGCAAUAUAUCUCCUCGCACUCCUUUGUCCACUUCUUUGGCCCAACUAGAGAGUCUUAUCGAGGGUUUGCCUUCUCGACAGAGCUUAUCACAAAGCGAUGCUUCUCUGUUUGACUGGUCGAGGGACUCCCCUGCCCUGAAUGAUACUGCUCGACGAGAGGAGGGCUCGCGAUUGCUACGGGAUGCGCUGCGACAUCGUCAACCUGGUCGGCGUCUUCGCAUUCCACGCGAAUCGUCUUUGCGCUUUGAGAUGCCCACUCCUCCAUGGUCGCCUAGCGAAACACUUCAACGUUCGUCUUUGGGAGAUUACGCCAGGAUUCGACAGACACCAGACAGCUUUUCGCCUAGAUUUGCUCCUGCAUAUGCUCGCGAUAGCGGCACUUCAGCCCGUACCGAACGGAGGUCACCCCCGCCAGCGGUUGGACGACUACCAACGCAUAUGAUAGAAGAUGGACCAGCACCUGGUUUGCGGUAUCUGCGCCGUGUCGGUCAUCGAUCGGUUAGCGAGAACAAUGGAAAUAUAACCUCCUUGCAACAAGGAAUUGAUGGCUUAGGUGACCGGCAACGUAGUGCUAGCCCUGACGAUGACUUGGACAACGCAUGGGAAACUCUUCUGACUACUCUCACCCCGGAUCCCAACUUGCCUAGCACGGAGUCUUCAUUCACAUCCAAUGCUGCUACCAGCUCCAACCGCGCUUCCGAGUCUUCCCGGCAGUCUCAGACACAACAAACGCAGUCUGGACCGUCCGCUACAGUGCAUAUGAUUUUGGAACCAUACCCCGAUUUCUUCAAUCCCUGUGAUAUUCCAGAUCAUGCUACGGAUUCAGAUACCGAAGCAGAGUCGGAGUUGGACUUACGUCGUCUGGGGUCUUUCCCUCGACGUCAGGACCCACGAGCCCGACUGCUUGACUCUACGUUACCGAUUGGUACUACUCAAGACAGCCAGCCUCCGCUGUCAAGGAUGCCCGGAGCAUCGUCGCUACAUUCACUCUCUGUCGUUUCACACGAUCUGUCGUCCGGUGUAGAUAUGCAGGCUAUUGUUGAUCGCUUAGCUCAACGGGAACAUGUUCCCGACGGGUGGUGGGCAGCAGCAGGAUUACCUCGCACUAUAGGUCGUCAACUCGAUGUCGGUGAUGUCUCUCCAGGUCACGGCAGCGACGGUCCCACAAAUGCAGCUGAUGAACCAUGAGCCACUACUAAUUAUUUCCUUUCUACUUCAUAUCUCCUGGCGGGAUUGUACAGUUAUCAGCGACAAUGUGGGCUGAGAGCACGUGCAUUGGGCGGCGUUUAUGGUGUUGUUUCUAUAAUCCGUUGCGGUGUUCCUCUUUUGAGCUAUUUUGAUCCAUGUUGUACGACAAAAGUCCAGCGCGAUGUUUGAGUGUAAAUUUUUGUUCUGUGUCACAAAUUUAUAUGCAUCAGGUGACCAACUUAAUUCCCCACAUUGAUCAAGUUAGAAGCG